GUUUGAGUCGGCGGGAGGAGGUUCUUCUAGUGCUUUCGGAAGGGUUUCAGUUGCUUAGAGCUGUUGUGUCAGGUGUCAGUACGACUACUGAGGUGGAAGUCGACUGAAGCUACAGAGGUGUCUCCCUGCUGACCGAGCCAUGUUGUGUUGGGGAAACACGUCGUUCGGACAGCUUGGACUGGGUGGCAUCGAUGAAGAAGUGGUUUUGGAACCGAGGACGUGUAAAUUCUUCCAGAGCAGAAGGGUUCAAGAUGUAGGAUGUGGUCGUAGGCAUACUGUUUUUGUGCUGGAUGAUGGUACUGUUUAUACAUGCGGCUGCAAUGAUCAGGGCCAGCUAGGACACGAAAAAGGAAGAAAACGACCCGAACAAGUUGUCGCUUUGGAUGCUCAGAAUAUUACUGCUGUUUCAUGUGGUGAGAUGCAUACUCUAGCUUUAAAUGAUAAUGGCCAAGUAUUCGCUUGGGGCCUUGCCAAAGAUGGUCAGUUGGGUUUGAUUACAACAGAAGAAUUUGUCCGAGUUCCCAGGACUUUAAAGGCUUUGGUAGAAGUACAGAUAGUACAAGUGGCCUGUGGUUAUCAUCAUUCUCUUGCUUUAUCGAAAGGAAGUCAAGUUUUCUCAUGGGGACAGAAUAAGAAUGGGCAGCUGGGAUUAGGUCGAGAUAUUGGAAAGCAACCAUCGCCGCAGCCAGUUAGAUCUUUAAAUGGUGUUCCUUUUGUUCAGCUUGCAGCAGGUGGAGCGCACAGUUUUGCACUCUCAAUCUCAGGGGCUAUUUUUGGUUGGGGAUCCAACAAAUUUGGCCAACUUGGCCUGAAUGAUGAAAUUGACAGAUAUGUUCCUGCCCGGCUUAAAUCCCUACGAACACAAAAGAUUGUCUACAUUUGCUGUGGUGAAGAUCACACUGCUGCUCUUACAAAGGAAGGUGGAGUGUUUACAUUUGGUGCUGGAGGCUAUGGCCAAUUGGGGCACAACAGCACAAACCAUGAAAUAAACCCAAGGAAAGUCUUUGAAUUGAUGGGAUAUGUAAUUACACAAAUUGCCUGUGGAAGAUGGGGGAAAUGGCUCUGGUGUCAGAAGAUGAGUCAUUGGUUCAAAACACCCAACCCCAGGCAUGCUCUUGUAGCAACAGUAUUAAUGUGCUGGUCCAUUUGCGUUUCUGGUCAGGCUGACCUGCAGGAUAUUGAGGAUGGGGACUCUGGGAUGGUAAUGGCAUUGAAUAUCCAGGAUGCUCAAAACAAUUUUUUUGUGAAAAGAAUUUACUCUGGAGGAGACCAAAGUUUUGCAUAUUUGCAGAAUUCCAUGCCACCAGAUGACCUCAGAUUUCCUAAUCCGUCAAAACACAUACUAACAAUAAAUGAGCCAGUCAUCCAGAAAUGGAUGAGCUUUCCUCCAGGAAGGAUUCCUUCAGAGGUAGCCAAUGAAAUCGAUACUGUGUUCUCGUCAGAGGGCUGCCUAAAUGGAAGCUUUCUUGCCUAUAGCAAUGAUGAUCAUUAUAAAACCAGUUCCAAGUACUCAGGGAUUGACAUGAAUGCAGCUAGAUUACUAUUCCAUAGACUGAUACAGUCUGAUCAUCCUCGUAUUUGUCAACAGAUUGCAGCUAGCAUGGAGAAAAAUUUAAUUCCAAAUCUUUCCAAAUCCCCACCUGAUAUAGAAGCCUUGAGGAUCUACAUUACUCUUCCAGAGUGCCCUCCCAUGAAUGACGCCAACAAUUAUGUGACAUUAGCUAUUCCAUUCGCAAUGGCUAUUAUAAAAUUGGAAAAAAUUCCACUGAAAGUGCUUGAAAAUUGGUGGGCAGCACUGGAACCUGCUUUCUUUAAGAAGGUUGUGGAACUUUAUAAGGAUGUUGUAGUAUUUCUUCUGAAAUUGGCUGAGGUUGGCAUGCCUAAUUCUGAGCAAAUAACAUGGAAUAAUUUUCUAAAAACUUCUCUGGAAGUAUUGGCUAUUCUUCAUAGGGUGAAUGAGAAAGCUGGGCAGAUAAUCCAGUAUGAUAAAUUCUAUAUCCAUGAAAUACAAGACUUAAUAGACAUCAGAAAUGAUUAUGUAAAUUGGCUUCAACGUCAAGUAUAUGGAGUAUUGCCGGAUAUGCCGAUUACAAUCUGUACUUACCCAUUUGUAUUUGAUGCUCAAGCAAAAACCACAUUGUUGCAGACCGAUGCCAUGUUACAAAUGCAGAUGGCAGUUGACCAGGCACACAGACAAAACUUUUCAUCCUUUUUCUUGCCUGUGGCUGAUACAGUUAAUCCUUGUCUUGUGCUGAUUGUACGAAGGGACCAUAUUGUUGAAGAUGCUGUGCAAGUAUUGAGAAAAAGCAAGAACGUUGACUUCAAGAAACCAUUAAAGGUUAUUUUUGUUGGAGAAGAAGCUGUGGAUGCUGGAGGAGUCCGUAAGGAAUUUUUCCUCUUGAUUAUGAGAGAUUUAUUGGAUCCUAAGUAUGGCAUGUUUCAGUAUUAUGAAGAGUCCAGGCUUAUCUGGUUUUCAUAUCAGACCUUUGAAGAAAUUGAUUUAUUUCAUUUGAUUGGUGUCGUUUGUGGUCUUGCCAUCUACAACUUCACAAUCGUUGAUCUGCAUUUUCCAUUGGCUUUGUAUAAGAAACUCCUAAAUCAGAAGCCUACUUUUGAUGAUCUGAAGGAACUAAUGCCUACUGUUGGCAGGAGUAUGCAGCAGCUACUUGAUUACCCAGAAGAUGAUGUGGAAGACAUGUUCUCCCUCAACUUCACAAUUACAGUAGAAACGUUUGGUCUAACCGAAGUUAAAGAGUUGAUUCCGGAUGGCAGCAAUAUUCCUGUAACCAAAGAUAACAGACAUAAAUUUGUGGAUGCAUAUGUCGACUAUUUGUUCAACCAGUCAAUUGCUCCAUUAUUUGACGCUUUCUAUGAAAGCUUUCACAAAGUAUGUGGAGGGAAAGUACUUCAACUCUUCCAGCCUAAUGAACUGCAGGCGAUGGUUACAGGAAAUACAAAUUAUGAUUGGAAAGAAUGGGAAAAGAAUACUGAAUAUAAAGGAGAAUAUUGGGCAGAACAUCCUACUAUCAAAUUCUUCUGGGAAGUGUUCCAUGAACUACCUUUGGAAAAGAAGAAACGUUUUCUGUUGUUUCUAACAGGUAGUGACCGAAUUCCAAUCCUUGGUAUGAAGAGCCUCAAAUUUAUCAUUCAACCAACUGGAGGUGGAGAUGAUUACCUUCCAGUAGCGCACACCUGUUUUAAUCUUCUGGAUCUGCCAAAAUACACAGACAAGGAAAUCCUUAAAGCCAAACUAGUUAAAGCCAUAGAUCAUUAUGAAGGUUUCAGUCUGGUAUAAAAAAGGAAGAAAAUCUUUACUAUUUUUGACUUUUGAGCUGAGGAAAGCCUUUGGAAAGUACACGUUUUCAAGAAAUGCUGUGGAGGAGAAAUAUAACUGAACAAAAUACAGUAAAGAGCUUGCAAUGUCAAAUUAGCAAUUUGUAUAGAAUCAUGUAUAUGGUUAUUCUACAUAUUAAAAUUACAUUUACAAAUUAUGCUUAUCAAUGUUCUUAAUAACAUCAGAAGAAAUAGUGUUACCUUGCUCUUUAGGUAGAAAGUCUACUGGAGCUCUGGGAGACGUAAGUGCAGAUGCAUGAAAAAUUCACCUUUAAUUUUUUUUCAAUAUGUUAACAAAAACAAAUUCAGUUGCCUGUUUUUAUAUAAAAUUAGUUGAGAUCCAUAAACAAUGUUAAGAUUUUUAUCAUAGGGUAAAAGCUUUGAAAAAAAGUAUGUACACGUUAUGGCACUGGCAUGCUGUAAAUAGGAGCUUGUGUUUAUAAAGUCUACUUCUGAACCUCUUCAAUCCUUUGUAUAAAUCAUUUGAGAAUUUGGGUGUAAUUACUUAAAUUAUGAGCCUGUGUAUUCUGAUCAGUUUGUUCCUCACUGGAAUCUUGGCACAAAUUUAGCUAAGACCUAUGCAGAAGUAGGUAACAGGCAUAGUGUCAAGGAUGAGUUCAAUCCGAAAACUUCAAACACAGAUUAGAUGGAACAAUCACAGUAAAGGAUCUCUUCGUUCUUAUCCUAAAAAUUUAUUUCCAUAACAUUUUGAAUCCACAGAAUUCAUUUUUCUAGGACUCAUAUUUUAACAAAAAGGUAACUUUCACAAAAGACAACUCAGAUUAAUGGGCAAGAAUAUAUGUUAAAAUUAUUUUUGUAAUAAAUACAUAAGUAUGAUGAAAGAGUAUGAACUUAAAACUUCUAAAGCUGAGCUCUAGUGUUUAGAGCUUUUUUUGAUUUUGUAGUGCAAAGCUACUUGUUCAAAUACCAAUUGCUAACUUGCAUAUUUCCAGGACAAAAUAUUUUUUACCAAAUAAAAAAUGCAUUGUUUGUUGAUUGAAUGUUUCAACGAUUUAGAAAUUUCAUUGUGUAACUUAUUUUCUAGUAAAUUUGGAGAGUUGUUGAGUUUUAUCUUGAUCCAUUUGAGGAAAUAUGUAGAAGAGUACAAGUUUGAAUUAAAAAUU